GUUGCGCACGCAUUAGCCCAACAGCAUUAAUGACGUGGGCGUGGAUAAGAAGCUGUAGGAACGGUGUACACGUUUGGAGACAAAUCAGUUUUGUGCUUUUUGACACAACAAUGACAACCGUUACAAGAUAAUCACUUGAACUUGUGUUUUGGCCUUACAGAGUACAAAAGAGAGCCAGGCUGUUUACUACCGCUUCGUCAGGUGCCAGUGAGACAAUGAGCAUCACCAGUGGCCUGAGUCAUUCAAAACGUCUCUUCCUGGGUGUCUUGGUGCUCCUAACAGUCGACGCCAUCUGGGUAGCCUCGUCCGAGCUUACUAGGUACAUAUUCAAGGACAAAGGCUAUGACAAGCCGUUCUUCAGCACGUACCUGAAGACGUCCAUGUUUAUGCUGUAUCUGUUGGGUUUCAUUUUCUGGAAACCAUGGCAACGGAUGUGUUCAGUUUGCAUCGGGAAACAGACAACACUUCCGACAGAUGUCCAAAGCACCGUACAAAACAUACAAGAGGAAAAAGAAGCUUUGUUGAGUGACCCCCUGUAUGUCCCUGUUAAAUUCAGUGACAGUGACAAGGAAAGCACAGACAGCCGUCACAGCAGCAUCAGUGAGCCGUGCGACUCUCCUGUCAAAAUCGGCCGUGUGAGAUUCAGUAACCUGAUGGAAGUAAGGCAGUUGUCUGAGUCUCAUGGCCAGGAUGCCAUGCUGUCCAGAAUGCCGUACAAUGCCGGCCAGCGGAACAGCCUCAUCCCCCAACCAUUGGAGGGGGAGAAACUCCCCCUUACGCAGGUCAUCAAAAUGAGCCUUUCCUUCUGCGUCGUGUGGUUUCUGGCAAAUUUCUCAUAUCAAGAGGCUCUGAAUGACACUCAGAUGGCAAUUGUCAAUACUCUUUCAUCAACUUCAGGUGUCUUCACCAUGAUCCUAGCCGCUUUCUUCCCCAGCUCUUCGGGAGACAAAUUCACCUUGACAAAACUAGUCAGCGUGCUCUUGACUGUUGGGGGUAUCGCUAUGGUGAGUUUCACCACCACAGACCAAGCUCAGGAGGAGGUCAAGGUGGGUUCGUUGUGGGCCCUGGGAGGGGCGUUCCUCUACGCGGUGUACCUGGUCAUGCUGAAACGCCGAGUGGAGAAUGAAGAUGCUCUGGAUAUCCCAAUGUUCUUUGGUUUUGUUGGUCUGUUCAAUUUCCUGCUGAUCUGGCCUGGUCUGAUCAUUCUCCACUUCUCCAACUGGGAGACCCUGGAGAUGCCGUCGGCCAAAGUGGUGAUGUACCUGGCACUGAACGGGAUUGUGGGCACAGUCAUUUCGGAAUUCCUGUGGCUGUGGGGCUGUUUUCUGACAUCCUCCCUCAUCGCAACACUCGCACUCAGCCUCACCAUUCCUAUCUCAAUUUUCCUGGACAUGUACCUCAGCGGAGUGUCGUUCUCAUUGCUCUUCUUUGUCGGAGCCGUGCCGGUCUUCAUCUCCUUCUUUGUUGUCUCCUUACUGAAUCAUUACAACGACUGGGACCCCCUCUGGGUGGGUCUGCGGCGCCUCUACAGUAUCCUGAGGCCCCUGCUGACGGCGUGCUGCUGGUGCAGUCGAAGGAGAAAGCCCCUCUCCAGGGUGUCGGAGGACAAGGAACAGUCAGAGAGCCUGAUUUCCGACCGCAUCGACUCCGAUGAAACGGAAACCAACAGGGAUGACGACAGCUGCUGAAUGCUGCAGUGCCCCUCCCCCUGAAAACCCUGCUGCCACAUCAGAUGUAAAUAUGUUAAUUCUGUGAGACCGUGUGACAAAGGAAGUAGAAAGUUUGGUUUAUAGAGAAAUCAAGAACAGGUUUUCAAAGGAUGUCGCCAAGGCAGCUCGUCCUCUGAGUGACCUUGUUCAGUUAAACAUUUGUUUCCAUAUAGUCAUACAUUUUUGUAUUGUGGAGGUCAAGUGUCACUUGGGUGACUGUAUACGUGUAGGAUGUGGAUGGUGGUGCCAAAGGAGGAAACCAGCUUUUCUUGUACGACCAUAAUAUGUUAAGAAACCAAUUCAGUAACGAUUCUAUGAAUCUAUCCCCUCCCCCAAGAGUUAUUCGAAUUUGAGUGAAAGGAAAUUUUCCUUUGCUAGGUUCCCUUUCAAAAUAUGCUGCAGUGAUUUUGUGAGAGUGGAGAAUGGGAACGCUAUGAUAUUGUGUGAGGACACCUUUCAACUUCACAGCCAGCAUUUUGCUUGUUUGCCUGCAGGUGAUUUGUUACUUUUUGACUGCUCAUAUGUUCAUGUACCACGCUCACACACACAAAAUGUCAUCUCCUUGUGGACCACUCGCAGAUGGUAACAUUUUGGCCUGAAAUUUCAACCUUCGUAAGAGAGGCAACUUUUAAUAUUCAGCCAAACAGCAAAAAUGCUGACUUACUGAAGUCGUACAGACAAAGACCUUUCUUAUACUGAGCCCUCCAAAAAUGGCAACUCCUUGAUGAUUCCUGGAAGUGCACUACGACGCGAAUGAAGCUGUACAUAUUUGUAUAUUUAUCCAUGUGGGAAUUUUGGUCGAGGAUUGAAGUGCGCCCGUCAAUUGGAAAUGUGCGUGUGUAAACUUGAAUCUCCAAUAUCCAAUUAGAGACGUAUUCCUGUUGAGCGCGGUCACUGACUUUGCCUUAAAAUGUGACUGGUGUGACGAAAUUGUAUGGAAUGCCAAGAAUUCAAAAUACCUUACGGCAAAUGCACAGGCUUGUGUGUGCGAAGAAGAUUUUGACAGUGCUUCCGUACACUUUUUUCCCACACAAGAAUUAUUUUGCAAUAUUAUGAUGUAUAUAAUGUUCUGCAAUUUCAAGGAAGUAUUAUUGAAUUGAAUCUAGUUGUAAACGUAUUUAUACAAGUACAUAGUAUGUCUGUAGGAUUGUGUUUUUUGAUUGGCCUAAAAUAUUUAUUUUGUUAUGUUCUUUGGUAAUAAUAGCGGUGCCCACGAACCAUGGCGAGUCCAAAAUUUGUACCUUGUUUCAAUGGAAGCACCGUAAUUAUUGUAGUUAGAUGCCCGUAUAAGUUUUGGCAUAUAUCGGAUGAUUAAAUCUAACAUAUCAAGCAAAAUCAGGCAUGCCUGGUAUCAUAGACAUUUUUUAUCACAACUGUUACCAGUCACUCUACAUCAGGCUGCCACAAUUAGCAGAAGAUUCACACUAGGUUAGUAACUGCUUUUUCCUCAAGAUGUAUAGCUGUGUUAAACAGAGGUGUAUCAUUUGUUAUUUUGUAGUGGUAGAUUACUAUUUAGUAUUCUUAGAGCUGCAUGUGAUUUUCUAAGACUCUGUGAGUUAUUUUUUGCUUAUUACCGGCAGCCAUUCAUUCCUCUCCGCCCACUGGUUGGCAAAUAUCAUAACUGAUGAUGUGGUAAGAAGGUCUAUGCUCGACAAUUUAUCAGAGCAGGCAGUUGUUUUUUUUUUCGAAAAAGGAAAAAAUUCACUAAGUGUUCUCCCCCCACUAGAAGAGGAAAGUGAAGAUCUGAUUUGCUUUUGUUAAUUUUGUUGUGUAAUAGCUUUUUGCAAUCAUGAGAUGCUACAAACACACAGGCAUCUGGAAAUCAGGGGAGACAGUAACCAAUUCCAUGCUGCACAAGACUUUAUACGUUGUUUUCUAAUUGUUAAAAAUUCAAUCGUGUGGGAUGUAAAUAAGAAUUUCAGCUCAUGUAAAGAAAAGGGAGUUUGCCUUUGAAUUGAACCGAUUGUGAGGGUGAUUUGUAGCUUGAAAAGGAAAAUGGUUGAAAUAAUUGUAUCCACAGUGUGGGUAUUUGGUAUAAGAAAGUGUGUUGAGAAUAUAGCAUGCACAGGCAUGGUUCGGGGGGGGGGUGUAUAGGGGGCUUCAGCCUCUGCCUCUUCCCAAAAAACCUUUUGUCUAGUCCCCCCCCAUAAAAAAAUUGAAUCAAACAAAACGCUGGAAAAUAUUGGAUUUGCAAUUCUGCAUUUGAUUUAUUUUUUAAAUUAGAUGAACCGUCCAUGAUCAUUUUGUAGGGUCAUUAUGCUCAACAUAUCAGCCUGAUAGAUUUUCUCCCAAAGUGAAAGAGCAAUGGCAAAAGUUAAAAUGUAACGUGAAAUGGGAAGGGUCUGACCCUCUGAAGAAAUUUGCUCCAGAACUGCACCUGGGCAUGCAUUGUUCAUACCUCAAUGUUGCAUGGAAUUCCAAAGGAUUGUACUCGAGUUACUCGUCCUUUAGACGUUCGGCAAAGUUUCACCUCAAUUUAAUGUUUACUUUUUUCUUCCCUUUGUCAUGUCAUUAAUUAACCAUUUUGACAGUUGGCCAGUCUUUCAGUGAGUUUAUUAAUUGACCUUUCUUUUGUAAGAAACUCAAUUUGUCUCAAAAAGUAGAUAUGCAUUCUGUUGUAAGAAUUAUGAUUUGUAUUCAGGAGUUAUCCAAUGAUAGGCUGACCGUUUUUGGCGAGGGAGGGACUUAGAAAGUUCAUGGUGGAAAUGGGGUGGGUUUUUAGACUUCUUAAAGGUACUGACAUAAAAAUGAAGGAUCUUGAUAAGCAAUAUUAUUCUCAUCACAAUAAGACAGGUAUUCACAGUCCUCCCAAGUUCAGAUGUAUGCACCAGAGAGUUGGCUAUAAGAUUGGUGUACGCUUCAGGUUUGGAUGCCCAGCUUGGUCACAUAGGUUUUCUGUAUGAACCAAUGCAACACUGGCACUGCUAUGCUGACACUUAUAUUGCAGGUUAGUAAGAUUUCUUUGGCAAUACCAUUCAAUUUUGGGCCCAAAUAUUGACAGUGUGCCGUGUUGGAUCCAGGUUUGGCUAUUAUACAGGUAUCUGUAAACAGUGAGAGAUUGAAAAGAA